AUGGCCAUGACUAACAGUUCAGCUUCUUAUACACAAAGGGUUGUAGUGAGUGGGACUCCACCUGGCUGGCAACCAGUCACCAGCGGUGUUCCUCAGGGCUCAAUUCUAGGACCAGUUCUGUUCAAUAUUUUUAUCAAUGAUGUGGCUGCAGGAGUUGAACGCACCCCUAGUAAGUUUCCUGAUGAUGCUAAACUGGGAGGUGCUGUUGACUCUCUCCAGGAACAAGAGGCCUUGCAGAGGGAUCUGGAUAGAUUGGAGUAUUGGGCAAUCAUCAAUGGCAUGAAAUUUACCAAGAACAAAUGCCGGAUUCUGCACCGGGGACAGAGUAAUGCUGGACACAGAGGAGAUCACCUCACUGGCUGCAGCCUGGUCAGCCGCUGCACUUGUGGCAUCAACAAGCACAGCAGCAACAGGAGUCAAGGCUGCCCCCUUCUGCUACAGUUCGUAGGAACAAUUUGUGAUGGACCCAUCCUAGCUGUCCUUUGGCAAGGCUUCCAAAUAAACUGCAAGGCAGUGGCACGGCUGGUGGAGUUCCUCAUCGAAAACCACAGGGAACUCUUUGAGGAGGAGGUGGCUGGGCUUGCCGAGGCACCACCAGCAUCAGGAGCAGAAGCAGAAACAUCAGAGGAUAGUGACAGCACAUACUGUGGCUUGGUAGGGAAAAAAGUUGCAGUGGUUGAAGUGGAGGGCGAAAGGAGAAGAAGAAUGGAGCUUCACAAUGAGGAUGACCCCCCAGAGUCUUCAGCAGCUGAGCAGCCUUCCAUGUCUCCAGAGACUACACAGGCUCCGCAGACAGCAGCUGCGUCUGAAGCAGAUACUUCCCCCCCACCUUACUGCAGCCUAGCUGUAGAAGCAGCUGCAACCUCAGAAACACACAAUGAAUUUUAUCCUGUACCACCUCCAUACAGCGUAGCUACCUCGCUUCCUACUUACGAUGAAGCAGAGAAGGCCAAAGCUGCAGCAAUGGCAGCUGCUGCAGCAGAAGUUGCCCAAAGACACGCCCAGUUUAGGGAGUCUAGGAGUCUGUUUGAUGAAUUAUUCCUCAGUCGUCCAGAGGAAGAAGAGUAUCCACCACGAGAUGAUUUCAGUGAUGCAGAUCAGCUUAGAGUGGGCAAUGAUGGCAUCUUCAUGUUGGCAUUUUUCAUGGCGUUUAUUUUCAACUGGAUUGGAUUUUGUUUAUCCUUCUGUAUAACAAAUACCAUAGCUGGAAGGUAUGGUGCAAUCUGUGGAUUUGGUCUCUCCCUGAUCAAAUGGAUUCUCAUUGUACGGGACUCCUCCUGUUCUUUCGAGGCUUUGUUAAUUAUCUUAAAGUCAGAAAUAUGUCUGAAAGCAUGGCAGCUGCUCACAGAACAAGAUUUUUUUUCUUAUACUGAAGACUGCAUCGAACAGACAUUCCUUUCCUAUACCAGUGUGAAACUUCCAGAUGAUCUGUAGCCUUCCGAGUUGAUAGGAUGGAAGACUACUAAAACCAGAAGACAAAUUAGUGAAGAUGUGGCUUUCAAAACGAAUGGCAGGAUGGUUUAUGCUCACAUACCAGUUCUGGUCAUUCUAGUAAAUAUUUAGAAUUGCUGCCUUUUGUUUUAGCACAAAUCUGUAUGUGCUUAUUAAAAAGAUAGUAUUGAAGUAAGAACAAACCAUCUGUUAGUAUAGAU